AUGAAGGCCAUGGCGUGCGGCAUCUCAGAGGCCUACGAGGCCUUCGAGGCCGACGGCAGCACACAGCACGUGCCCCAGGAGCCUGGAGCCAGCGGCUGGAAGAGGCAAUCGGUGAUUUCCUGUGUGAUCUUUGAGGCGGCUCUUCUUCCACAUCGCCUAUCUCGGUCGGGCCUUCGUACCAUGCCUCUUGCCUCUUGGCAGGAUCAUGGAGGGCAUUUGUACAGCGUCCUCCACGACUCUGAGACUCGGCUCCUCUCGAGGCUUCUGAACAUCAGCACGCUGGCCCGGGAGCGGAAAUCUUCAGCAGCCGCCUUGAUGGCUGCCUGGGUCACGCAGGUCCUGGCACUGUACCUGGGCCAACUGGCGAAGGCACAGCAGAGAUGGAUCUUUCUCCUGGCAGCUUUGGUGGCGCUCGUGCCCAUGGCCAUCACAAUGUGUGCGGCCAUGGGGGGGCGGCUCCACGAUUCCUCGCUGAUGACAGCUUACCGCUUCCUGGUGACGUGGGUGUGUAUUUGUGGCGUCGGUUUCUGCUGGUUAUUCCUCUUCUGCCAAGUUUUUCGUUUCUUGGAAGUGCACACAGAGGUGGUGCUCGGUGCCCUCCUCGACUACUGCCUGCUUGGGGUCUCCAGCCUAGUCAUCAGCUGUGCGGGGCCAGACGUGCAAGCUCCGCUGCUUCCUGGUCAGGAGGAGGAGCUUUCGCUCUAUCCCGGUCCACACACUCAUGGCUUCUUCCCGAACCUGGACUUUUACGACGACAACCUCUAG